CAUCCUUUGACUGUAAAGCUUUACCUGUUGGCUGUUUGACGGAAGGGAACACUGCGCUUAGGUUGGGACUAGACCUAAUUACAGAAUAUUGACCGUUCUAUCAAUACCCUUUAACCUAUGGGAUCGGAUAGUGAGAGCGAGGGGCAUCCCCUCGACGAUUACCUUUCUCGAGCAGCGAAGAGGAAACGAAUGGAGGAUGCUAAGCCGGCGGCCCAGCAAGCGGACGAGGCAAGCGUGGAUGAAAGCGAUGACGAUGGCGCUAAGAAUAAAAAAGGCCAGGCUGGCGAAGCGGACCGUGAUGGUGCUUCCGAUGGAGACGACUCCGAUGACAGCCAGGGUUCAGAAAGCUCCGACGGCGAAGAUGAGGAUGACGAGGACAGCGACAGCUCUGACGAAGCUGAAGAGGGAGGACCAAGAAUAAGAAGAGCAGCAUCUGCGCCACCCGCGACAGAAGCCCAACCACCAGCAGCCGGGUCAGCAGCGGAGCCUGGGCUGUUGCAGCCGGCACCUCUGGCUGCUGGAUCCAAACCUGUGGGUGUCGUACUCGUUGACGACACAGCUGAGAUUGUCCGUGACUAUGAGGUUGCCAAGCUAUUGCGCAAUCCACGCUACUUUGACGACUACGCUGCGGAGUUGCCCACCUUCCGCUGCUUCAACUGCGGCCAAGUGGGGCACGCGGCGCGUGACUGCACCAACCAAGCGCGCGUGAAGCCGUGCUACCUGUGCGCGCAGUUCGGACACGACGGCCGAGACUGCCCCAACCGCUUAUGUUUCCGCUGCGGCCGGCCGGGUCACAAGCUGCGGGACUGUCGGCAGGACCGCAGCCAGGUGGAUGGAGGGCGGGCGUGCGCGCGGUGCGGGCGACAGGACUGCGACGCGGCGGGAAAGGGCGACUACUUCAGGUACGAGGGCGGCUGCAGCAAGCAGUACACCUCCUCCGACCUGCGCCACGUGCGCUGCAUGAGCUGCGGCGAGCCUGGACACCUCAUGUGCAAGCCGGCACCCAAGGAGCCCUGUGUUCGCAGCUGCUACAACUGCGGCCGCAUGGGGCACUACGGCGAGUUCUGUCCCUCCGGCACCCGCCCGCACCUGAUGGCGGAGCGGCGGGGGGACGAGGAGCGGGCGGCGGCUGAGCUGCUGGAGUACGAGAUCGCGAUGGAGAGGGAGUACGAGGAGAAGCGGCGACGGGAGCAGCAGCAGCAGCGGGGAGGCUACGGCGGUGGUGGCGGUUACGACCGUUACAACGGUGGCGGUCGCGACGGGGGUGGUGGCCGUUACGAUCAAGACCAACGGCGAGGCGGCGGAGGUGGGGAUGGGUAUGGCUACGGAGGCGGCGACGGCUACGGAGGUGGCGGCGGGUAUGGCGGAGGCGGUGGUGGAGGAGGAGGAGGAUAUGGAGGCGGGUAUGGUGGAGGCGGCCGCAACGCGCAGAUCGAGUGGGGUUACGAACCGCGGCAGGAUGGCAGGCGAGGUGGGCGGCUCUUCUCGCCCGACGCCUUUCCUCGCGGUGCUGGCGGCGGUGGCGGCGGGCAGCGCUACGACGACCGGCGCGCCAAGACACCCCGCUGGUAGUAGCAGCAGCAGGCGAGGAGGACAACUGUUUGGCCUCUCGGUGCGCCUGUCGGUAGGCGGUUGGCGGAUGCGCCGCGCAUGGAGUGAGUGCCCCAGAACACGUCAUCUGCUAACCUUAUUUGUCUCUCAACAGCGGGGGGGGGGAUGCUGGUGAGGCAACCGACUGACGCGUCUGUGACCGAAAGUUGACCGUGUUGUGUCUUUUGUCUUAGUCACUUGACCAUUGGCGGACUUUGACUACUUUAAGUCGUUUGUCUUGUUCAUCAGACCAAUGACGGACGAAUUGACGGUUGGAUUUGGGAAGCACGGGUGGGACCGAGCUUGCACGUGCCUGCAUGCGCGUCAACUAACUGUUCGGGAUCGACUGUUCUUGACGCUGUUGACUGGGGUGGAUGAAAUCCCAACUGUGUUCUGGGUCGGGGCAAUCCCAAAGAUUUGUGUACACGGUAAGGCCAGGGCGGCACUGUCUGUUGCCGUACAUGGAUGCUACGGCCGACGCCACUGCAUCAAAUCCACCAAGGAGGGACAUGAGAGGAGGAACACAACAUGUACGGUGAACCUCGUUUUGAAAAUGCGGC